AUGGACUCACCUCCGAAAAAUAUUCUGGCUGUUCCAUCCGCAUCUGCUGGUGAUACGAUACAACGGUCUACUUUGAAGGAAUUAGAUCAGUGGAUUGAGAAGUUGUAUAACUGUGAGCAACUCUCUGAGAUGCAAGUGAAAAUAUUGUGCGAAAAGGCAAAGGAAAUACUUCAAAAGGAAUCCAAUGUUCAAGAGGUGAAAUGUCCUGUAACAGUGUGUGGUGAUGUUCAUGGACAAUUUCAUGACUUAUUAGAGCUUUUUAAAAUGGGUGGGAAAGCUCCUGACACCAAUUACCUGUUUAUGGGUGACUACGUCGAUAGGGGAUACCAUUCCGUCGAAACUGUCACACUACUAGUAUGCUUAAAGGUACGUUACAAGGAGCGUGUUACCAUCUUGCGUGGGAACCAUGAAUCACGUCAGAUUACUCAGGUUUAUGGAUUUUAUGACGAGUGUUUGCGUAAAUAUGGUAAUUCUAAUGUUUGGAAACACUUCACAGAUCUGUUCGAUUAUCUUCCUUUGACAGCUCUUGUUGAUGGGCAGAUAUUUUGCUUACAUGGUGGUCUCUCACCAUCUAUUGACAGUUUAGAUCACAUUCGUUCACUUGAUAGGCUUCAAGAAGUGCCUCACGAAGGGCCAAUGUGUGAUUUGCUAUGGUCAGAUCCAGAUGACCGCGGAGGUUGGGGUAUCUCACCACGAGGUGCUGGAUAUACCUUUGGUCAAGAUAUAUCUGAAACAUUCAACCAUGGCAAUAGUCUUACCCUAAUUUCUCGUGCUCAUCAGCUUGUCAUGGAAGGUUAUAAUUGGAGUCAUGAUCGUAACGUAGUAACAGUAUUCUCGGCACCAAAUUACUGUUAUCGUUGCGCGAAUCAAGCUGCAAUAGUUGAACUAGAUGACGAACUGCGGUAUUCAUUUUUGCAGUUUGAUCCAGCACCAAGAAAAUCGGAAACGAACGUUGUUCGACAAACCCCUGACUAUUUCCUUUGA